AUAAUCCCCACCAUGCCACACACAGUCUGCUAGAACAUUUAGCAUUAUGGACAUUUUGCCAAAACGCUUCUGUACCUUGACAUAAGUGAUAUUUUGAAUGUGGGACCAAUACUGUUACUGAAGGCUCUACUGUGAUAUUGAUGCCUCAGUGAUGAACCUGAGUACCUCUUCCAGUAUGCAACCCCCCUUCUUUCUUUCUUUUUUACGAGGAGCACUUGAACGCACCACCUGCUACAAACAGCUGUAUCGAAGUUGCUCUCGGGAGCCGAGAGUCAAGUAAACAGACUCAGACCCGAGAGGUGUGGAGGACCUCGGUGGUCGCUGGUGAUCUUGACCCCUUCUGGAUCCGGGCAUUGAUUUCAGGUGGACGAAAGAAAAAAUGUCCUACUUAUAAGAUUUCUCCUACUCUCCUUGGCUUCUUCACCAAAGCCAGUUCACAGUUUUGUGGCGCAUCGGCAUCCUUCUUCAAGUUUUGUGAAUUCUACUGCGGAGUUACUUCUUUAAUCUUUGCUGCGCAGCUGCAGCCAUGCAGCAGGAGCUUCUGUUCAAAGUGCUGGUGAUCGGGGACCUGGGAGUGGGCAAGACGUCCAUCAUCAAGAGAUACGUCCAUCAGAUCUACUCGCAGCACUACCGCGCCACCAUCGGGGUGGACUUCGCCCUGAAGGUGCUGAGGUGGGACAGCGACACUGUGAUCCGGCUGCAGCUGUGGGACAUAGCAGGACAGGAGCGUUACGGGAACAUGACUCGUGUCUAUUACCGGGAGGCGGUGGGAGCGCUUGUGGUGUUUGACGUGACGAGGGCCUCCACGUUCGACGCCGUGCUGAAGUGGAAGGAUGACCUGGACUCCAAGGUGACUCUGAACCACGGGAGGCCAGUUCCAGCUGUCCUGCUGGCCAACAAGUCAGACCACCUGGCCUCCCAGCAACCCAAACUCGACUCCUUCUGCAGGGAGAACGGCUUCGUUGGCUGGUUCGAGACCUCUGCAAAGGAAAACACAAACAUAGAGGAGGCGGCGCGCUGCCUGGUCGAGCACAUCCUGAACAACGAGGAGAGCCCGAUGAUCGAGCGAGAGCCCGGCUCGCUCGUCCUGUCUGGGUUCACCAACGCCACCAAGGGUCACCUCAACUGCUCGUCAUGUGUGAAACAGUGACUCCCUGCCAGUUACAGACGAGCGUGAAUUCUCGCAGCUGCGGGGCCGCGGCCACAGGCUGAGAUGAGUUGGGCUCAGGGGCUGAAGGGAAAAAUUCCAUCUGCUGGAAGCCAACCGUGACAUCUAUCGCAGGAAAAAAACGUCAACGCAGUUGAUAAGGUUUCGGACCCGGUUCCUGCAGAUCCUUAGGAAGUCUAAUAGGUUGUUAUUUAAGGUUUAAGUUAAAUAUCUUUAAUCAUUGGAAAUACUCAAAAAUGUUAACUUUUUAUUCUUUUUUUAAUGUGGGUAUAGAUUACAACUUAUAUUUCGCAGAUACGGAAAAAGUUUUUUUAUUUAUUCCUUUUUCAGGAACACAAAUUGUACAGUCUUAUUUAAUAUAUAUAUUUAUGUAAAAUAUAACGAAAUAUAUUUAAAGGUCAUUAUAAGACAUCGUGGUUUGCAGAAUUGUAUUUAGGGUGUGCAGCUCCUGCAUCCUUCUCCUGCUCGAUUUGAACGUAUGUGACACUGUGACUGACAUUUGGCUGAACUGACAGCUCCCAGUGAUACCCCCCCCAACUCUUACAUAACAUGGACAAAACCCACCCAACAUUUUGACAUUUUUGUCUGCUGUGUGGACACAAAAAACAUUAGACCAUCUUCUUGCAUUCUUUGUGCUUUUCCUCAGCUCACCUGUGAGUGAGAGAAAUUCCAUUUUAAAUAUAUGAGGAGAGAUAAAUGGAGUUCUAAACAUGUCUGUAUAGUCCUGUAUGUCAUGCAUAUUGUUGACCCUGAUAUCUGCAUUAAAAUAACCUCUGGCACUGG